CCGCUCCUCUGCCACAGAGGAGAGGAGGGGAGGAGGAGGAGGAGGCGGCGGGACUACUUAAACGCCCAGGCAGCCCAGGGCCCAACCGCCGCCACGUCUCCUUCCGGAGAGCCGGGCUACGCCGCCCCUGCCCCCGUGGGCCCCCCGCCACCGUUUCCGGGGCAGGCCGAGUAUCAACAUCCGGGGUCACCGGGCAGGCGCUACGGAAGCCGGGAUAGCGGCUGGGCUCUGCUGGUUUCCCACAACCGCAGUUUCGCGGGGGAAUCGAACGCAGCGGCCUCCCGGGAGGGGACGCCUGAAGACCGGGCCUCGGACCAGUCUUUUCGGCGGAGGAGUGACGGCACAGAGAACCGACUGGUCAAAAGAAUGGAUUUUUCAGAGGCUUACUCUGACACAUGCUCUUCGGUUGGACUUGCUGCAAGGGAAGGCAAUGUUCAAGUCUUAAGAAAACUGCUCAAAAAGGGACGGAGCGUUGAUGUUGCUGAUAAUAGGGGAUGGAUGCCAAUUCAUGAAGCAGCUUAUCACAACUCUAUAGAAUGUUUACGGAUGUUAAUUAACGCAGAUUCAUCUGAAGACUACAUUAGGAGAAAGACUUUUGAGGGCUUCUCUGCAUUACAUUUUGCUGCACAUCGAGGACAUUGGAAGAUCGUACAGAUUCUUUUAGAAGCUGGGGCAGAUCCUAAUGCAACUACUUUAGAGGAAACCACGCCACUGUUUUUAGCUGUUGAAAAUGGACGGAUGGAUGUGUUAAGGCUGUUGCUUCGAUACGGAGCAAAUGUUAAUGGAUCCCAUUCUAUGUGUGGAUGGAAUGCCCUGCACCAGGCUACUUUUCAGGAAAAUACUGAGAUCAUAAAAUUGCUUCUUAAAAGAGGAGCAAGCAAGGAAUGCCAGGAUGACUUUGGAAUCACGCCUUUAUUUGUGGCUGCUCAGUAUGGCAAGCUAGGAAGUUUGAGCAUACUUAUUUCAUCAGGUGCAAAUGUCAAUUGUCAAGCCUUGGAUAAAGCUACCCCCUUAUUCAUUGCUGCUCAAGAGGGCCACACAGAAUGUGUGGAGCUUUUGCUGUCCAGUGGGGCAGAUCCUAAUCUCUACUGUAACGAAGACAGUUGGCAGUUACCUAUUCAUGCAGCUGCACAAAUGGGCCAUACAGAAAUCUUGGACUUGCUCAUACCACUUACUAACCGGGUCUGUGACACUGGUCCAGACAAAGUGAGCCCUGUUUACUCGGCAGUGUUUGGAGGGCAUGAAGACUGCCUAGAAAUGCUACUCCAGCAUGGCUAUAGCCCUGAUGCCCAGAUGUGCCUCGUCUUUGGAUUUAGUUCUCCACUCUGUAUGGCUUUCCAAAAGGACUGUGAAUUUUUUGGAAUUGUGAAUAUUCUUUUGAAAUAUGGAGUCCAGCUAAAUGAACUUCAUUUGGCAUACUGCCUGAAGUAUGAGAAAUUUUCAGUAUUUCGUUACUUUUUGAAGAAAGGUUGCCCAUUGGCACCAUGGAACCAUAUGUCUGAAUUUAUAAAUCAUGCAGUUAAAGCACAGACGAAAUAUAAGGAAUGGUUGCCAUCUCUCCUGCUUGCUGGAUUUGACCCACUGAAUCUUCUAUGCAGUUCUUGGACUGACUCAGUCAGCGAUGACACCCUUAUCUUUACUUUGGAGUUUACUAAUUGGAGGAGACUUCCUCCAGCUGUUGAAAAGAAGCUCUCUGCUCGUGUCUCAAACUCCUCGUGGGCUCUACAGCAACAUAUUGGUGCUGUUCCAUCCCUGACCCACCUUUGUCGUUUGGAAAUUCGGUCCAGUCUAAAACCAGAACACCUACGAUCUGAUUAUUUUAUCUGUCAGUUGCCACUUCCCAGAAGCCUACAUAAUUACCUGCUCUAUGCAGAGGUCCUGAGGAUGAACGAAGUUCCUGAACUGACAGUUAUUCAAGAUGGAGAAAUCAGCGAAGCUACUUAACACUUAAUCUGUCUUACUCUGAAAACCACCAAGACUUAAGAGGCAUGGAGUACAAAGUCUUCAUGAUUUUAGAGGCACAAAAGAUGAUUUUUGUUUGAGUGGUUGGUUAGGUUUUUUAUGGGUGGUAUUAGUUCAAUGCAAUGAGGGCCUUCCUGGUAAAAAAUAUUAUAAACCCGACUUAUAGUACUUUAUUACAGUUUCAUCACCAGUAAAUUUAAUUUGUGAUAUUCAUUUAUCUAACCAGAUGGUGCUUCUAGUGCUAAACAUGGCAUAUUUCCACCUAUGAUUCUGUGUUUAUGUAGGGCUAUCAGCUUAGAAUGGAAAGAAUUAAAACUUCACUGGAAGCGUACACACAGUGGUGGAAUUUAUUGUUAUUUUAUUUGAGGUUGAACAUCUCAUAUUUAUAAAAGAAUUAUCUUAUAUUUCAUUCUUAUCUCUUCAGUCACUUUUGUGAAGAAUUGUUAUUGGUUUCUUGCAGGUAAACUCAGGAAAGAAUU